CGAAACUCGAAACGAAAGCAUUGUGACGAGUUUGAGGUUAGGAAAUAUCAUAAUAUUUUUAAUACAUAAUAUUGUUUCCUGUAAAUAAAAACUUCAUUAUUUUAUAUAUUAACUAUAAAAAUUGAACUAAAGCAAUGAAGGACGAUGAAGAUCUUGACUUUGUCGCGUCUGAACAUGAUCGUAUGGUUAGUGCAAUUGCAAAAUUAGACAAAACCCAACAUAUAACUGAGCCUACAAGAAAUGAAUCUACGAGUUUGAAUUCAGAGUUUAAUUUAAUAAAAAGACCUAAUGCAUUGAAACUAAAAAAUGUUGUUAAAGUGUUGGAAGAUACAGCACACAAUGUAAAAAUUAGUAAAAAACUCAAAGAGAGUCAGAAAGUUUCUCGAGUGCUUCCAAAACCGUUGGAGAAGCCUCAAGCUGAGCGUAUUAAGAGAGCAACUGGAUAUGAACAAACUAAAAAUAAAGUGGGAAGAUGGGAUCCUGUUGUUGCUAGAAAUCGAACUGUCGAUUUUGUUUCAUUUCCUUUAAAUAAUUUCUCGAGUAAAAUGCAGCCAACAGCAGAUUUCUUGUCGAAGCUGAAGCUUAAGUCAUCCCUAGAAAAAGAACUAGAAGAAAUUGAUCCUGUACCGGAGCCUGAAGUCACUGAAGAAGAAGAACAAACAUAUCCUAUGUCUUAUCAAGAGAUGUUUGAACACAGGCAACACUUAGCUAAAAUGCGAGCCCAGCAAUCUUACACGGCAGCCAAAGCCAAAAGACAAAGUAAGAUAAAAAGUAAAAAAUACCAUCGUAUACUCAAAAAGGAAAAACUGAAACAGCAAAUAAAAGAAUUUGAAGAACUACAAAUUAAAAAUCCAGAAGAAGCACUCAAAAAAUUGGAGGAGCUUGAAAAAGCUCGAGCCUUAGAGAGACAUACGUUAAGACAUAAGAAUACAGGAAAAUGGGCUAAGAGCAAAUUGGUGCGAGCCAAGUAUGAUAAAGAUGUAAGACAGCAAUUAUCUGAACAAUUAUCAGUUAGUAAAAGUUUAACAAAAAAAGUGCAAAACACUGAAAGCACUGAUGAUGAGGCUGAUGAAACAGAAAAUAUACCAGAUGUUACAUUAGACCAGGAUGAAAAGAAUCCAUGGAUGAUGAAGAGAUCUGAUAAAACAAAUAUUGAUGCAGAGUUUAACUUUGGAUACAAAAAGUAUUUAAAGGACAAAAUGUACAAAAGAAAAGAAGAAAGUGAUUCUGAUUCUGAUGAAGAAAAUUCUAAACAUGAUAAAUUGAGCCUUUCACUUCAUUUUCUUAAAGAAGGUCUAAAAAAAUUAGGAAAUUCAGACACAGUUGACACAGAUAUGAUAAUGCAAAAAAAAGAUAAUGAUAAAACAAGUAAAACCCAAAAAUUACCAUUAAGUAAAACAAAACAAUCAAUGGAAAAAACACCACAGCAAAAGAAAAAUAAGUCUAAUAAAGCUAUUGCUACUUCACUUUGGCUUGUUGAUAGUAUUGAUACCACAACAAUCAAUAAGGAAGAUGAAAGAACAGUUUCUGAGGCUUUUGAUAAUUUAGACAAAAAAUUAGCUGUACGAGUAGAAAGAAAAUUAAUGAAAUUAAAAAAAGAAGUGAAAAAACUGGAAAGAGCCAAGCCCAUCAGAGCAGAUAACAAUAAAGAAUCACAUGAGAUAGAUAAUUUAGAGUACUUGAAAUUAAAAAAGCAAAAUCCAAAACCUUUUAUUGAUGAAAGGCUUAUAGAAACACAUAGAAACACAAAAAUAAUAGAUAAAGAAACUACCAAUUUUCCUCUCAAUAUAUUGUCAACAACAGAUAAACCUUUACAGGAACAUACUAAUGUUGAUAUUGAUCCAAGUAGAUUUAUUGAAGUUAAGCCAAAGUAUCUCAACACUUCUACAUCAAAUGGAAAUAAUGAUUUUGAUGAUUUAGAUGACGAUGAACAAGUUGUUCCAAAAGUUGACAUUGAAGAAGUUUUUGAAGAAGAUGAUGUUGUUGCUAGUUUUAGGCAAGAAAAAGAAGAUGAAAUUAAUAAUGAUAAACCAAAAGAUGUUGAUUUGACACUUCCUGGAUGGGGUCAAUGGGGAGGGAAAGGAGUUAAAAGUAAAACAUUUAAACGGAGAAACAAUCGAUUCAUUAAGGCUGCACCAAAAGUGCCUAGACGUGAUGAAAAUAAAGGUGAUAUUAUCAUAAAUGAAAUAAAAAUUCCAAAGCUUAUUGCACAUAAAGUUGCAGAUAUACCAUUUCCAUUUAAUAGUGUUAAAGAGUAUGAAGCCUCUAUACGAACACCUACAGGUAACACAUUUAUACCUGAAACAGCUCAUAAGAAACUCAUUCGUCCAAAUGUGAUUACUAAAGCAGGUUCUGUGAUAGAACCUAUGGAUGAAGAUGAAUUACUUGUUAAAAGAAAUCGGACAUUUAAGAAUGACUCAGUUAUUAAACUACUGGGGAAGCAAUAAAACAAAGAAAUGUUCUUA